AUGACUAAAGAUCACGUGACUUUCGCCGGCUCCAUCCCUCUCUCCGUUGCACAAAGCUUGUUUCAGAGCAUAUUGUUGGUUGAGUUGGCAACACAGGCGCCUCAAGUUGACGCCCAAGUCGUCGUCGGACACGGUGCGUCUGGGAUCAAGACCAUGGUGGCGCAGAAGUACGGCGACGCAGCUGCACUUGACGUUCUCGGGGCGUAUAACCACGCAUUGCGGGCGUGCUUCUUGUUGUGCAUCGUUCUCUCCUGCUUGACUGGUAUUGGUGCACUGGGAACGGAAUGGAGGAGUGUCAGAGAGGACACGCCGAAGUAUGCGGCUGAUACUGGACAGGCCUCUUCCGGUGGCAAGACACCGCGUAGCAACAUUUGA